UGUAGUGACAGUAAAUGAAAACGGUCACACUUUAGAUUAUAUUGUUCCAUACCAAAAACAACAAUAACAUAUUCACUGACUGUCAACACUAAAUAAAGCAGUAUGUAUUUUCCCAUGCGUCAAGCUUUAUGCUGAGGUCAUCUCUCCACACACAUGCUCACUCGCUUGCUAGCCUGCUCUCUUUGAACCAGGUUUGGGAAACAACACCAAGGUUUUGCUCAAGUAAAUCGGUGUCUCCCUGCUUGAUCAGUAACAUGCUCGGGUCUCAAAGAUUAGUCCCUGCAAGUCUGUGUUUGUUCUGAGAAACUGACUUUAACUUCUCACCUCCACUUCUGUGAUAUGUUUAUUUUUAGUUUCUUGUCUAUUCAUUUAACUGUGAGAAAAUUCCAUUUUUAAGGACUGCAAUAAAAACACGAUCAAGUUAAGUAGUCUGUAUUGUAAAACAACCAAAAAUAUUCAAAGCAUACAAUGUAUUUUGAAAGCAUAUCAAUGUGUUGGAUUCUUAAGCAUUUACAUAAACAAUAAACAACAUGAUUUGCAGUUACAUUUGUCAUUGUUUUUAAAUCAUUUAUUUAUUGGAUUUUUUUGUCAGUUUAUUAAAAUAUUUAAACAACUUAUUCAAUUGUAUAUGUUGUUAGUUACAUCCAUUUUCUAUAGUAUUUGUUUAUCUUUAAUAAAAUAUUCACUAGAGCACAAGGUAUCGUGAUUUGCAUAAAUCAUUGUAUUUUCAUCACUGCACUUCCGUCUGCAGUGUCACGGGCUUCAAAUUAUGUGUUUUGGCUUUUACGUCUCACGAUCUCUGACCAUGUUUGAAGUCAUUAACAAGAUUUCUUGCUUUAUUACGUUUUUCUCUAAGCUGCAAUGGGGUUUCGUGACCCACUGAAGUUUCUGAAAGCUGUGAUGAUGGAUGUGAGUCUAAAGGCAGCCUCCGUGGUGAAAGAGUAAGAACCUGGUCUGCACUGACCCAAAACAAACAAGUUGAGUUGCCAUGAGUAAAGUCCGAAUGAGCUGAAACUGGGAUAAAGAGAGGGAACGAGACAGAGGAAUUCAUUAGAGGACAAGUCUCCGCUGUGACAUCAUGGAUCUUCUCCACAGCUGGGGCAUCGAACUGCUGGUCCAUCUGCAGAGCAGGUACAGCAGAUACCAGGCUUUCUUCAGUCUGGCUUCCAACGUUGCCGAUCUGCACACCACGUUCUUCUGGUACUUUCCAAUAUGGUUCCAUUUGAGACAGAAGACCAGCCUGCGCCUCAUCUGGGUGGCCAUCAUCGGGGACUGGCUCAAUCUGGUCCUCAAAUGGGUUCUCUUCGGGGAGAGGCCGUACUGGUGGGUCCAUGAAACACGGUUUUAUGGAGCGCAGCGGCCUCCGGCUGUGCAGCAGUUCCCCAUCACAUGUGAAACUGGACCAGGGAGUCCCUCUGGUCAUGCCAUGGGGGCCGCAGGGGUCUGGUACGUGAUGAUCACUGCCGUGCUCGCAGUGGCAGCAGAGAGAAAGUGCCCUCCUCUACUGUACAGAUUCCUCUGGAUGCUUCUGUGCGGGCUGAUGUGUUGCGUGGGGCUGGUGGUGUGCAUCGCCAGGGUCUACGUGGCGGCGCACUUCCCACAUCAGGUUGUGGCUGGAAUCAUGACAGGUCUGGCAGUCGCACAUGUUGUUUGCAGGUUGAAGUGGAUCGACAGCGCCACCAUCAGAACAUACCUUUCCACCAUUGCUGUCUUGACCUCCUUCACAGUGGGCUUCUACUUCUUGCUGGAGGCAGUGGGGGUGGACCUUCUGUGGACCAUCCCUAAAGCUCAGAAGUGGUGUGUGAAGCCUGAGUGGGUCAACUUCGAUACCACACCCUUCGCCAGCUUCACACGCAACAUGGGAGUCUUGUUCGGACUCGGGCUUGGACUGCAAUUCUCCGGCAGCGUGAAGAACCCGAACUCUACUUUUAAGAUGGGAUGUGUCAUCAGUUCGUUGGUGCUUCUGCAGCUGCUGGACAAGUGGACGUUCUCUUCUGAAAACCUAACGUUGUACUAUGCUCUGUCUUUCGGUAAAAGCACCCUCACUCUGAUGAUUCCAACCACGCUGGUGCCGUCAGCGCUCCAGCUGGUUAUCGGUGGGCGGAGGGACCACAAGAAAUUGUGAUUUUGAAUCACUUUCUUUCUGUAAAUCUAGUUCUAAGUGAAUCAAAUUCAGAGCAGUGCAGAGAGCGAGAACAAGCUUUUACCAUGUCACUGUCAGUGCUCCAUUAGAAUGCAUGUGAAAAAAGCUCUUGAGCUUCAGUCUCGGAGGAGAAAUGCCCAACUGUUGCAUGACAGCAGGAUGUUCUACUGCUGCCAGUGAGCAUGGAAGCCUGUUCUUCUAACCAAAAGAUGAAGAGCGUCAUAAGACGUAUAGGUGAAGCAAGUUGAAAGAAUGAGGGACGAGUGGCGUUUCGCUACUUUGCAGGAUUUUUGAACGUAAACAAACGGCAAGUGAUGAUAUCAGCACUGUGGAAGCAGCGCAGAGAAGCCAUCAAAAGGUCGGUGAGGAGGCAUCAAUACUGGCCGGGAAAAGUAAGCCCCACUGUUUACCCAAACACAUUAGGUUUUCUACUGCUGACCCUUCUUAAGAGAGGUUUAGAUAGUCAUCCGAGUCAUUGCUUCCACAACAACUUGGUUCUCAUAAAAAUAAGCCCAAGAUCGACAUGAACCUGCUCAUCUUCCUCAGAAACCAAAUCCCUCAUUGCUGCUAUUUCCACAUCUUCAGUGCACACAGUGACGUCACAGUGUAGACACCGAAUGAAAACCCUGUAUUUCGUCUUCUAUCUGCUGGUUAAUGUUGAUGUCAGAUGCACUUUUUAAAUCCAUGGUAAUCAUUUAUCACCAUACAAACACAGACAUAAGCUGGAGAUUUAUGAAACCUCAAAAUUCCAAAUGCAAUUCCCACCUGUCUAAAAAACAACAAUUCAAGAAAUAUAUUGUUUGGACACAAUUUCAA